UCCCCGGGGCCGCGAGCUGAGAGCGCGGAGCCGGCAGCCGCAAGCUGAGCGCGCCGGGCUGGGGCCGGGGCAGGAGCGGAGCGGAGAGGGAGCGCGCCCGCCCCAGCCCCGAGUCCCACCGCCUUCCCUCCCGCCGCAGCGCCGGCCCAGGGGCCGCCGCCCCAGCCAUGGAGCAGGACAACAGCCCCCGGAAGAUCCAGUUCACGGUCCCGCUGCUGGAGCCGCACCUUGACCCCGAGGCGGCGGAGCAGAUUCGGAGGCGCCGCCCCACUCCUGCCACCCUCGUGCUGACCAGUGACCAGUCAUCCCCAGAGAUAGAUGAAGACCGGAUCCCCAACCCACUUCUCAAGUCCACCUUGGCCAUGUCUCCACGGCAACGGAAGAAGGUGACAAGGACCACACCCACAAUGAAAGAGCUCCAGAUGAUGGUUGAACAUCACCUAGGGCAACAGCAGCAGGGAGAGGAGCCUGAGGGAGCUGCUGAGAGCACAGGGACCCAGGAGACCUGCCCACCUGGGAUCACAGACACAGAAGCAGAGUCCAGGCUGGGCACCUCUGGGAAAGCACAAAAGCCUGCAGAAUCCAUCCCUAAAAUUCAGGAGGGGGGCAGGGACAAACCCAGCACAGAGGAACCCCCAGCACAUAUACUACCAUUGGAUUCCCAGGGAGCCAACUCGCAGGUCUAAGAGUGAAGAACAUAUCCUAGAAUCAAGACUGCAGUUGGAAAUGCAUGGACACUGGAUUUCUUAUUUCUCCACUUUUGGGGAAAAUCUCGUUUUUAAAAAGUGAUAAAUAUGG